AUGACUGUUGAAAUCCCCAAGGGUCGGGUUCAAACGCUCUCCGCUAGCGAACAGCUGCAUCUCAAACAAGUAUGGGCUCAUCUUUUCCAGCAUUGGGGCAUUGCAGUGCAGAGCGAAAAGGUGCUCAAUGGAGCCGGAACUGCGUCCACGGGUGCUGGUGCGGCUGGAAAUGGCAGUGGUACUUCCAAUGCGUCCAAAGAAGAAAAACAGAAUUCGAAACCUGGUAAAAAAGCAGCUAGCAAGCUGUUUGGCAAAUUUCGCAAAGGCUCGAGCAAUUCAGAAAACUCCAAGGCCUCAAGUGAUAGAGUAAGAAACGGAUCAUUCACGUCCCGUCGUUCCGCAGAAAGUGUCGAGCAAAUGUAUCCAGCUGGCAUGAUCCACACAGCACUGAAGGAUUUGAAGGCAGAUGAAGUCAGCGAGAAUUUCUGGGAUAUGCUACGUACCGACUAUCCAGACAACUUGAUCUUGCGAUUUCUUCGAGCCCGUAAAUGGGACACGGAUAAAGCUCUUGGGAUGAUCGCUCACACCCUUCACUGGAGACUGAAGGAAAGCCAUCCCGAUGCGAUCAUUCGUGGUGGUGAAUUAGAAGCUUACAAAAACGACGAAACCGGGUACAUCAAAAAUAUAGAGCUGUGCAAGGCUACAUUGCAUGGGUUCGACCUCAAGGGUCGUCCCGUGGUGGUUGUAAGGCCUAAAUUGCACCAUUCCAGCGACCAGACGGAGGAAGAGAUGAAAAAGUACUGUUUGCUGAUCAUCGAACAAGCUAGAAUGUUUCUCAAGGAGCCUGUGGAUUCUGCCACAAUUCUUUUCGAUUUGACCGGCUUCUCGAUGUCCAACAUGGACUAUGCCCCCGUGCAAUAUCUCAUCAGCUGUUUUGAGGCGCACUACCCUGAAUGUUUGGGCCACCUUUUCAUUCACAAGGCGCCUUGGAUCUUCCCACCAAUUUGGAAUAUUAUUAAAAACUGGCUGGAUCCUGUCGUUGCGUCAAAGAUUGUUUUCACCAAAAGUACUGACGAUCUUGCCAAAUAUGUGCCCAAUAACUACAUUCCAAAGUAUUUGGGUGGUGAUGACGACUAUGAUUACGAUACAUUCGUGAAACCCGAGGAGUCCGCAGAUGCCAAGCUCAAGGACACGGAAACGCGUGACAAACUCUUGAAAGAGCGUAAAACAAUCAUUGAUUCCUUCAUUGAUGCCACGAAAAAUUGGAUUGAAAGUUCCGACGAUGAGACUUCUGCAAAAUGGCUAAAAGCCAAAAUCUCCAUUAGUCAAGAACUUACGGAGAACUACAGACAACUUGAUCCGUACAUUAGAUCAAGGUCAACUUACGACGUUAAUGGAACGCUAAAAGUCUAG